CACACUGAACCCAAUUCGCAUUGUUUAUAGCCAUUAUUGCGCGGGUUUUUAUUAGUAAAUUGUUUUGUUAACCAAGUUAUUAACUAAUUGUUUGCGAACUAGAGCGCUGGCAGCUGAAUGAAUCGCAAGUCGAAAUGUCCAAGAAACCCGCUGCAUCCAGGAAACAGCUUACACUUAGCAGCUUUAUUGGCCUGGAUGGGAGUUCCCAGAGUCAACCCAAGAGCAAAGGGAGCAGUGCCAAGGCUAAACCCACUAAAACCUACAACCCCAUAUUUCUGGACUCCUCUUCAUCCGAUGAGGAAGCAUCGCAGAAAUCCAGCCAAUCUAGCAAAAAUACUCAUGUUUCGCAGAAAACCAGCAAUAAUACUGAAAACAAGUUUAAAAAGUACUCUUAUUGCGACCUGUCCCAAUCGCCAUUAGCUUCACUGUCCGACAAUAAAUCAGUCAACGAUUCCCCCAAGAAACUGCCACAAAGUGAGAGGAACCACACGUACCGGGGCUUGUCUGAAUCCCCUCUCGGAAACAGUUCAUUCGAGGAUUUUCUUAAAAAACCGCCACAGAAUGAAAGGAAGAACGUACCAUUUUCGUUGACUGAUACUCCUACAGGUCCAAAGCUAGAAAAGAAACUGGAAUCCAGUUUACCUAAGGACUCUCCAAACAAACUGUCCCAAAAUGAACGUAAGCCCACGGAUUCCACGCGUCAAAAGUACUCAUUCGAGGACUCGCCUAACAAACAGAACGGAGGAAGACAUGCUUUACUUACCCUGCCCGAUUCUCCUCCCCCGCCAGAACUUCCAAAGAAGUCGGAAAUGAUUUCCCCAAAAAAGCCAGCACUGAAAGAAGAAAAGCAUACCUUUUCGAGCCUGCUAGAAGCAUCUCGGAAUACAAUUAUUGUCGACGAUUCCCCACAAAUAACAGUGAGAAAGCCUAAACCUCUGCCCGAAUCGCCUCGAGCUUUUAAUGCAUACAAGAACACCGGCAGUACUAACAACCUAUUCGAGGACUCUCCAAAGAAAAGUGACAACGGGCAGUCAGGAUACAAACUGGGGUCAGCAAAAGAAAAUGCAAUCCCAACUAAAUCAACUUCAGUCGCCCCCAACUCUUCUCCACCUCCAGCGGCGCCAUUAAAACCCCGACUUAGUGUGGCUUUUGAUAACUCUCUGGCUGAUUACCUCAAGGAUUUGGCCCAGAAUGACAAUUUCAGCAUUGAUCCCAACAAGCAGAGUGCUGAUGCACUAAAGACCACUCUGGGCUUCUUUCGCACGACUUACGUCGAGCUUAUGGAAAAGUAUUGCUCCCUGAUUGACCAGAUUCCCGCCAUGCACUUCAACGAAAUCGCAGGCUUUCAGCCGAACACGUUCCUCAAGCUCAAGGUAAUGCGGCAGAAGUUCAAGGCUCGAACGCAGCUUCUCCAAAACACACUGGAUAGGAAUGAAAGCAAGCUUAAGGCUGAACAAGAAGCCCUGGAGCAGGAGGAAAUGGAAAUGCAGGCGGAACAGAGUCUUCUGAUGCCUUCCAGUUCGACAAGCAAAAAAGUAUGCUCCCCGCCAGAGAAUAGUCUUCGCCCUGUGCCUCCAAAUAGGCUAAUGGAGAAAAAGGAAGAAAAAAAGCCCACCCGCGAACAGCUGUUACACGAACUUUGCGGGGAGCCGGAUGAUUACUCGCCACCCAGCAAGCCGACCAAUCCGCCUCAGGUGCCCAAACGCCAGCAGUUCAUCCAGGAUCUUUGCGGAGAGCCGGAUGAUUACUCGCCGCCCAGCAAGCCGACCAAUCCGCCUCCGAUGCAGAAACGGCAGCAACUAAUUAACGAUCUUUGCGGGGAACCGGAUGAUUUCUUGCCACCACCCAAAGAGCAGAACGAUCCGCAUAUGUUGCGAAAGCGCGAAGAACUCAUCCACGAUCUUUGCGAGGAGCCGGAUGACUACUUGGCCCAGAGUAUAAUGCUGGAUAGCGAUCUUGAAGAGGAGCAAAUGAACCGACCCACGCAGCGGACCACCGCCAGUGAGAUGGACGAUGAAGACGAUGACUUGGAGGGACUGCUGGCGGACAUUGAAAACGAGCACCAGCAGAUGCAGGGCCGUAGGUCCGAGUUCUAUGGCUAUGGCUACAAGGAUUUCGAGACUGUCCAGGUGAAGGAAAGGCCAAAAGAAAAGCCGAAUAAAGCUCCCUUGGAUGACGAUGGGUUUCCCGAAUACGAUGAGGCCAUGUUCGAGGAAAUGCAUUCUCAGGCCGCAGCUAAAGCCGGUCCCAGCGGCAGCAGCAAGAACAUUGUACCUGCCACAGCGCCCACUGCCACAGGCUCCCAGAAGUUGUCAGGGAACUUCCAUUCUAAUGUGCACAAUGACGGCACCACCGGGGAGUUCGAUGGCCAAAAGUUUGAGCACUCCACCCGUCUCAUGCAUGGCCUGAGUUAUAGUUUCGGCCUGAAGAGUUUCCGUCCCAAUCAGCUGCAGGUUAUCAAUGCCACCCUUCUGGGCAAUGAUUGCUUCGUCCUGAUGCCAACGGGCGGAGGAAAAUCAUUGUGCUAUCAACUGCCUGCUAUUUUGACCGAGGGCGUUACCAUUGUGGUCAGUCCGCUCAAGUCGCUGAUCUUCGAUCAGAUCAAUAAGCUGGCUUCUUUGGAUAUCUGUGCGAAGAGUGUGAGCGGGGAACAAAAAACGGCCGACGUUAUGGCCCUCUACAGAGACUUGGAAUCUCAGCCACCAAUGGUCAAACUGCUCUACGUGACGCCCGAGAAGAUCAGUAAUUCCCCCCGCUUCCAGGACAUAUUAGAUACCCUGAAUUCGAACAACUAUAUUAGCCGGUUCGUUAUAGACGAGGCACAUUGUGUUUCCCAGUGGGGUCAUGACUUCCGGCCGGACUACAAGAAACUUGGAAUCCUUAAGAAGCGUUACCCCAAUGUGCCAACCAUUGCCUUAACUGCCACAGCCACGCCCCGCGUCCGCUUGGAUAUUCUGGCGCAGUUAAAUCUAAAGAACUGCAAGUGGUUCCUGUCCAGUUUCAACCGCAGCAAUUUGCGGUACAGGGUGCUGCCCAAGAAGGGUGCCUCGACGUUGGACGACAUUAGUGCCUACAUCCGCACCAAGCCGGCCCACUCCAGCGGCAUAAUUUACUGCCUGUCGCGCAAGGAGUGCGACGAGACGGCCAAUAAAGUGAGCAAGAACGGCGUCCGGGCAGUGGCCUAUCAUGCGGGUCUAACGGACAGCGAGCGGGAGAGCCGGCAGAAGGAUUGGCUGACCGGAAAGAUAAGGGUAAUCUGCGCCACAAUCGCCUUUGGCAUGGGCAUCGACAAGCCGGAUGUGCGGUUCGUUUUGCACUACUCCCUGCCUAAGUCCAUCGAGGGUUACUACCAGGAGGCAGGUCGUGCAGGCCGAGACGGAGACUUGGCGGAUUGCAUCCUGUACUACAACUAUUCGGACAUGCUCAGGAUUAAGAAGAUGUUGGACUCCGAUAAAGCUCUCCAGUAUAAUGUGAAGAAGAUACACGUGGACAAUUUGUACCGCAUUGUUGGGUACUGUGAAAACCUCACGGAUUGCCGACGUGCCCAGCAGCUGGACUACUUUGGGGAGCACUUCACCAGCGAACAGUGCUUAGAGAACAGGCAGACCGCCUGCGACAACUGCCUCAACAAGCGAGCCUAUAGGGCGGUCGAUGCCUUGGAGCAUGCCCGUAAGGCUGCACGAGCUGUUAAGGAUCUGUGCAGCGGCAGAUCCCGCUUCACGCUUCUGCAUAUAUCCGACGUUCUAAAGGGCUCCAAGAUCAAGAAGAUAAUGGACUUCAACCACCACAAGACACCGCAUCAUGGAGCCCUAAAGGAAUGGGACAAAAACGAUGUGCAAAGGCUGCUGCGCAAAAUGGUUAUCGAUGGUUACCUAAGGGAGGAUUUGAUAUUCACAAACGACUUCCCUCAGGCCUAUCUGUAUCUGGGUAAUGACAUCAGUAAGCUAAUGGAGGGAACGCCCACAUUCGAGUUUACCGUGACCAAAAAUUCCAAGGAAGCCAAGGCGACGGUGGCCACCGUUUCCGAUGCUGCGGCUUCGGGUGGUGGCGAUGGAAUGCGGGAGAUUCACGAGCGCUGCUACACGGACCUACUGGACCUGUGCCGAACCAUUGCCAGCCAGCGGAAUGUUACCAUGGCCAGUAUAAUGAACAUUCAGGCCUUGAAGAGCAUGGCCGAGCAACUGCCCCUCACCGAGAAGGAUAUGUGCAGUAUUCCCCACGUGACCAAGGCGAACUACGACAAGUACGGCGCCAAGCUGCUUGAGAUUACGUGCAACUAUGCCUCCGAGAAGCUGCUGAUGCAGGCCGUCCUGGACGAUGAGAUGGAACAGGCGGCCGCCAAGCAGAGGCCCAGCACCUCGGGUUGGAACAACGAAAGUGUGGACUGGGGCAGGGCGGCGUCAUCGCAGGGCAAUGCCAGCACAAGCGGUGCUGGCAGCUUCAACACCUAUAGAGCUGGCAAAAGGAAAAAGGUAUACAAGGCUGGAGCUAGCAAGAGGUACAAAACCAGCUCGGCAUCGCCGGCCAAGAAGAGUACAUCAACCAGGGGUCGAGGAGGCAAGGCGGGCGCCAAGCGGGGAGGUAGCUCAGCAGCUGCAACAUCAUCAUCAUCAUCAUCAGGCUGGAAAUCGAAAAAAACAGGAAAUAGCAUCGGCUUUGACCUAAUGCCACUGCCAGGAUCAAAAUAACAUAAGCUAGACUUCUUAAAAAAUGGCUGGAAUUGUGCGCUUGCUCAGAGGUUUAUCUUAAACUCAAGCCUGGUCAUUCUGCUUUAGAAACUAUAGGCUUUAAUUCCAUUUCUAUUCUCAAUUCUAUAGCUACAACUAUUUAUUUU